CGCUGCAUUCAUACAGCCCACUGCUGGGCAUUCAGCUCUGAGAGAGACACCAACGGUCGGCUGGAAUCCACGCAUUUCCUGAACAAACAACUCAAAAAGGUGGUGUAACGCUGACCAGGCUGCUGUGGGACCAUGGAUGAGAGAUGGCUGCAGGAUGAAAUCGGCAGAUUAGCCCAGAUGACAAUGGCUCAUCGCAUGGGAUCAAGACCAGGAAGCAGCAAUUCAAACAUCAUGGCACCAGAGUUUUGGUCUGAGCCUCCAGGUAUCCUGUCUGCCUACUACAGCCUGUGUGUCCCCGCACAGUGUGAGGAUACAGACUACCUGUAUCAGGACUGCCCUCUGUUGGCUGACGGCAAUGACCCCUCUUCGGUGCUAGCAGAGCCAGGCAGUGCUUCCAGAGAACACGUCUGUGAAGAACAAAGGUCCAUUUUCCUGCCCCUGGAUUAUCUCAGGAUAUCGGAGGUGGAAAUGCAAGGUUCUGAAGAUGUUGCAACAGGAACCGUUCUCCAGCGAUUGAUCCAAGAGCAGCUGAGGUAUGGCAAUCCCAAGGAGAACAUGAACCUCCUGGCUAUUCAGCAUCAGGCCACAGGAAGUGCAGGACCAGCUACCAGUAUCGCCACAAAUUCUGCUUCAUCCAUUGAAAACCUCGCUCAAGAAGACCCACAAAUGGUCAACCAGUCAGCUCGUCAGGAACCUCAGGGGCAAGAACAUCAGGUGGACAACACCGUGAUGGAGAAAACUCUGAGGAACCCUCAGCCCCAACAAAAUAAUGAGGAGCUACCAACGUAUGAGGAAGCAAAGGCCCAGUCCCAUUUCUUCAGAGGCCAACCAGGACCAGGAUUUUACGUUGCUGGUAUUGUGGCAAAUCAUAAAUCCAAGACUGAAGGCCGGCCGACGGUGAGCCGAGCCAACAGCGGUCAGGCCCACCAAGAUGAAGCACUUAAAGAACUCAAGCAAGGUCACGUUCGCUCUAUGAGUGAGAGGAUAAUGUUAUCACUGGAGAGGAAUGGAGUCAAGCAGCACUCCUCUACCUCUGGCAGUAUUAAAGGACUAAAACACGGGGGCCCCUCUCCAGCUCCGUCCUCAGCAAACGAACUGGAACCGAGAGGGCCCCCGCCAGACUAUCCCCACAGGGUCAAACAGGCCCCAAGUCCUGGGAAUAAAAUCCAGGAACAAGGACACUUUUACAAUGAGCAGCAGCAUCUAAUGGUUCAUGAAAUGAUCAAACCUUAUCCUGCCCUUCAGGCAGCCAGGACUGAGGUGUCCGUUCUCCGAUACCAGCCGCCCCCGGAAUAUAACGUAACCAGCUGGCAGCAGCCUCAGAACCCGUUCCCUUCCCUCCCGUUGCAGCACCACAGUCCUAUGUCCUCUCAAGCAUCCUCCAUCAGCGGCUCUUUGCACUCAGCUUCCCUGCCGCUCUUUCCGAUGGGUAUGACUUCCCACCCUGCGCCGUCUCCGUCCCCGUCUCCCAGCCAGCAGCUCCCGCCGGAAGCCUUUGCCAUCGUGGAACGGGCUCACCAGAUGGUGGAAAUGUUGACCAAGGAGAACGGUGUCUUGCGGCAGCACCUGGAGAGUUGCUAUGAAAAGGCAGACAAGCUCCAAAAGUUUGAAUCUGAAAUUCAGAAGAUUUCGGAAGCUUACGAGAGCCUGGUGAAGUCAUCCACAAAGAGGGAAAGCUUGGACAAGGCCAUGAAGAAUAAGCUGGAGGGGGAGAUCCGUAGAUUGCAUGGCUUCAACCUGGACUUAAGAGAUCGGCUGGAAACGGCCAACAGGCAGCUGGCCAACUGGGAGUAUAAUAGCCACGAAGACACGUCGGAAGAGGGACACUAUGCAUUGAAAAACAAAGAGCACUUGAAGGAGAUGGAGGGGCUGGAGCGGGAGCUGGCAGCUCUCCGCACAACCAAUGAAGAUCAGAGGAGGCACAUUGAAAUCUUAGACCAGGCUUUGAAUAAUGCCCAGGCCAAAGUAGUCAAACUGGAAGAAGAGCUGCGUAAGAAGCAGGUUUACGUGGAGGAAGUGGAGAAGCUGCAGCAGGCUCUGACCCAGCUGCAGGCGGCCGGCGAGAAGAGAGAACAGCUGGAGCGGCGGCUGCGUACGAGACUAGAGAGUGAACUGGAGUCUCUGAGAAUGCAGCAGCGACAGACAAACUGUCAGGGGCCUAACAAUGCGGAGUACAGCGCGCCCGCACUGAUGGACAUGCUGCGGAAAAAGGAGGAGACCAUCCUGGCUCUGGAAGCAGAUACCACCAAAUGGGAACAGAAGUACUUAGAGGAGAGCGCCAUGAGGCACUUCACCAUGGACGCUGCUACUGCAGCCGGGGCCCAGACGGAUACAGUCAUGAACCACUCCAGGAAUGGAAGUCACAAUGAUAACUCACUGGAGAUCUGCAUGUGGCAUGAUGAAGAGGAGAUCAUACAGGCUAAUCGGAAGUUCCAGGACAUGGAGCACACGAUAAAAAAUCUCCAUGCUAAAAUCAUUGAGCAGGACGCCAUGAUAAAGGUUCUUCACCAACGCUCUCGAAAAGAUCAGGGGAAGAACGACGGCUCCAGCCUGCGGCCUGCCUGCUCAGUGCCCUCUAUAUCCGCAGUGGCUGGUGUCAGCGCCGGGUCUCAUUCACGGCAGACGUCUCUGACCAACAAUCAGGCAGCAAAGGAGAAGAUGGAGGAAAAACCCAGAAAAGGGAGUAUAGGAGUGCCCCCAGUGAAAGACAAUCGUGAAAGCCCCAUAGCUUCUUUACUUCUUCCACCACCUAGCUUCUUGCUGCCACCACCGCCUGCUGCAGUUCCGCCUGUGACGGCAUCACAUGCCAAAUCUAGGAGCAAGGACAACAGCACCCAAACAGACAAGAGCUCCAGUCUCUUCUGGCCAAACUGUUCUUCCUUACCUGGUCGGGGGCGGAUAAAUAUGACUCCGUCCAGCAGUCCUCUUUUACGUCACACCACCACUAGCAAGGACAAGUCAGAUCAUUCCCCUGUCUUUGGCAAGACUCUAGAACCCAAAGGUAGAGCCAGCACUGCAACGCACAAGACUGAUCUUUCAGAGCCUGAUAAUACAAUGGAAGUACUUAUAUAAAGGCAAACUUGGACAAUCUCAUUCCCGUGGUUUGUAGUCCACAUGGAUGAAGUAUUUGAAGACCAAUGUUGGCCUAAGAAGACAUUUACGACCGUGCAAAAUAAAUGGCCAAGACUGUUGACUCCUCCAUUGCAUUGUUGCGGUUACA